AGUGGCUUCUUGAGCAUUUCUUCUCUCUAUAAUUAAUUUUUGUAGUAGUUCUAUGAACCCACGUCACCCUCCCCCUCCAUUUUGUGAUUGACAUUCAAUACGUAACUCAGAGGAAUCUAAGACUAGUAAGAGUAUCUUUCGCGCUGACAGAAAUAUGGGCAAACAUAAGAAACGUCGCCAUUCAGAGACUGAGUCUGGUGACGAAUCUGAAGAUAGUAGUGCAAGUGAAUCCAUGUCAGAUUCAGAGUCUAGCAGUGAGGAGGAGAAAAAGCGCAGUCACAAGAAGAAGCACAAGAAGGAGAAGAAGAAAAAGAAAAGAAAGAAGUCCAAAAAGAGUAGAAGGCGUUCAGUAGAUGAGCGGCUCACAUCCAAGGACUACUUUCUGAAAAACCGCGAGCUGCGCUUGUGGCUCCAGGAAGAGAAAACUGUCUUUUUCGAGGACUUGACAAGUGAAAAAGCUAGAUCCUACUUCAACGAUUUUGUGAAACUCUGGAAUAAGGGAAAGCUGGAUGAGAAAUACUACAAAGGUCAGACGUCUGGUGUGCGGAGUCAACAGGAUCGUACACGGCACUCAUGGAAUAUCUCUGGCAUUAACAAGAGGACGCUGGGUUCGGUUGUUAGUGAGGUAACAUCUCUAACCGAUGACCAGUCUGGCUUUGGACCCCCUGUGCCUGCUACUGGCUCAACCGCUGUCUCUGCUUCCAAACCAUCUGCUGCUGGUCCUUCAAAGCCCGCAAGUGUGCGCACUGCACCCGUCAAGGCAUUGGUUGGACCAAUGCUGCCACCGGGUUUCCAGCCACAACGUGAAGAUGCGGAAGAGGAGAGAGCUGAGAAGCAUCGGAGUGUUGCUGAGGAAAGGCGGCGAAGGGCAGAGUUUCACAGAGAGGCUAUUGAAACUAUGCUACCCAAGGCAAGUGGUCAUGAGGCCAAGGUCGAGAAACGGAAGGCGGCCGCUGAGAGGCGCCGUGCACGAGGCGAUAGCCCCGAUGUGGAUUAUGCUCGAGUACAGAGAGGGGGAGGUAACAUUGAGAAAGUGAUAGCUGCAAGGAAGCAUGCCAGGGAGACCAGGUUGGAGCAGAAGCAGCAUCUAGCAGCUGAGAAGCUGAGGGAGUAUGAAGAAAAGGAGAGAGAUCGGAUGGCUGAAAUCCUUCAGAUGGCAAAGUCUAACCAGAGUCGUGGUGCCCUUUGGCAGCCAAAAGGAACAUAGCCUGCAGAACUUCUCCUGGUCACCAGCAGCUGCUGAGAGGUGGCAAGAUCUCAACAUGCACUUCUCUAGCGAUCGGUCUUUUAUUGACUUGCCAACUUCUAAGAAGAGUAAGCAUACCUUUUACAAGCGUGCCGGUUUCUUGUGUCGCUCUACAUGUUCAAGCCUGUGAUGUAUAUAUAUACACGAUGGAUUCAUAUUGCAUCAUUCUUAGCACCACAGUCAGACACUACGAAAUCAAGGUGCCGCUACGAUAGCCAACAAACGCUGCCUAAAGUUGUAUUGAAGGCAUCGUAUUUACACAUCUACGUUUUCUGAAACCAAGCCACAUGAAUAAAAAUGUACAUACUCAUAACAUGUAUUUUGCCAGUUAGUUUCUGACUUUUAAAUAGUAUGGUACCAGUUUGUACCAGCAUACAUUGCAAUAAUUUUCAUCAUGAAAUAGCUCCGAAUCAACAGACACUGAGAGAAACACUGGUAUAAUAG